CACUCAAAAUAAAUAAAUAAAUAAAAAAAAAAAAAAAAAAGACUUGUUUACUAGGUUUCGGUUAUCAGUACUAAUGUACUGAAUGAAGUUUAGUGAUAUUGAAAAUGGAAACAUGAGUGUAUCAACAGAACCACAUUUAUUUUUAAAUUAUUUUGACUGGAUAGUACAGACUCCAUGGCCUUUAUUUUUUUCCAGUGUUUUAACGCCUUCCGUAGGCACUGUGCUAGCUGUAGUCAUUGCAGCUUUUGUAUGUAUUUCGGCAGUCUGCACAUUUAGGAAGUUCAAAUCUAAAGUAGUUGACACAGUGGCUGCCAAAAUGAUGGGGACAAGACCACGGUUUCGAAAGAGAGAUAAAGUGAUGUUUUAUGGAAGAAAAAUGUUAAGAAAGGUUCAACUGCUUUCUGGUCAAGCUUCAGGUAGACCUAGGAUAAAAAAGCGACAGAUUGUCCUAAGAUUAGCCAAAAAAAUUUUACGGCUAAGGCGAGAGCAACCAUUAACUCUGAAGGUGAUGGAACCAUCCCAGGCAUUUUUAGAGGAAGCUAUAUCUGAGCAAUCAGAGCAGAGACUUCCUCCAGAUGUGAUGUACAUGCUAAAAAGUAUUAGAGUUUUUGGAUCAUUUGAAAAGCCAUUAUUCCUUGAACUAUGUAAGCACAUAGAAGCUCUGCAUGUUUCUGCUGGGAGCAUGCUGUUUUCUAUUGGAGAACCUGAUAAUAGCAUUUAUGUUGUACAGAAUGGGAAGUUAGUGGUGUAUGUUACUGAAAUGGAUGGUAGUGAACUAAUUCUGAAGGAAGCAGGACCAGGAGAAAACAUCACAAGUUUACUUAGUGUCAUGGAUGUCCUAACUGGUCGUAUAUCACCAUACAAGACAGUUUCAGCUCGAGCUCUAGAAGAUUGUAUUGUAUUAAGACUAAAAGUUGAAGCAUUUCGUUCAUUAUUAGAAAAAAAUCCUGAAUCUUUAGUCCGCGUUGCACAAAUAAUUAUGGUUAGAUUGCAGAGAGUAACAUUUACUGCUCUUCAUAAUUACCUUGGAUUAACUAAUCAGCUGAUUAAGUCAUCUUCAACUUCAACAAGGAGGAAUACAGUAGGCUCUCCCAAAACUAGUCCAUCAAGAUCAGUUUCAAGACGCGCUAGCCAACUUUCACACAUAAAGCCAAAUGAGAUGAAACAACAUGAAGCAACCCAAACAGAAGUUGAUGCUGCAUUGUAUCCCAAAGAACAUAAUGCAGUCUCAGCAGAAGAAUGCUGUAAUGAUACAUCAGCUGUGUAUCAUAUAAAUGCAACAAAUAAUGCUAAACAAUUUGUUUCAAAUUAUGAGGCAGACAUUCAAGAGAGUAAAAAAACUCGUAAACGGAAAGCAAGUUUUUAUUUUCCUCCUGAACAAGGACCUGUACAAAAUGAAGAGGAUCUUCAUAUGCUUGCUGUGAAAGGCUUUGUGCAGCAGUUAGGGUUAGAUGAUGAAACAUUUGUUCGAGAUUAUGUAACUGUGAAGGAACUACCAGCCAAUACAUACAUAAUUAGAGAAGAAACGGUUGAAGAUGUUGCACUUUUAUACGUCAUUGCAGGAGCAUUGAACGUUUCUCAGAAGACAGUAGAUAAGAAAGAAGAAAGCUACCUUUUUGUGGUCCAUUCUGGAGAAAUAAUGGGUGCUUUGGCAGUUCUUAGUGGAGAACCUUCACUUUUUACUGUUCGCACUAGACAUUUUAGUCAAGUUGGGAUUCUUAGUAAGAAGAAUACUUAUGAGAUUUUGCGUCAAAAACCUCUUGCUGUGUUACACCUAGCUCAGAGUGUCAUUAAACGCCUUUCCCCAUUUGUUAGACAAAUUGAUUUCGCUUUAGACUGGAUAAAUGUGGAAUCUGGACGAGCAAUAUACAGGCAAGAUGACAUUUCUGAUUGUACAUAUAUUCUGCUGAGUGGGCGACUAAGAUCUGUCCUUAAUCGAUCUGAUGGGAAGAAGGAACUGGUGGGAGAAUAUGGAAGAGGAGACCUUGUUGGCAUUGUUGAAGUACUGACAGCGACAAGGCGAUCAACAACUGUCAUGGCUGUUAGGUAUAAUCUUUAUUUAUAUGAAAUUUGGUGACUAGUGAACAUUUUGAUUUAUG